CAUGCUUCGUUCGACGUUCUAAUAGUGAUCAGAGUGACAGAGUCAUGAUUCAUCAGACCGUUCAGACUCUCAUCUCGUUCUUUGCAGUUUGCACAUUCCAGUUUUUGACUUUCCUUGACAUUGUACAAGAUCUGCAUUGCCACCUUUGCUCCUUUGCCCGUACAGCAUUAUGACUGAGCAUUUCGCAUCCUCUGUUGCGCGUCCCGUCGCGGGAUUCCACGAUGUGUGGAAGCAGCUGUUGGUCAGCGGAGAGAAGAGCGACGUGCGGUUCGCUGUCGGACGUGAAAGUGGCGAGGCGAAGAUCUUUGCCGCGCACAAGUUCCUGUUAAGUGUGCGCAGCGACGUGUUCGACCGUAUGUUCAACGGAGACCUGCGAGAAAACACGGCGCAACCCAUCGACAUCCCGGAGAUUCGGCCGGCAGCGUUUGCUGCCAUGCUGAGUUUCGUGUACACGGGCACGGUGGACGCCGUGGAGGGCCUGCCCGAGCCGUGUUCGCUGUCGGGCGUGGACAGCGUGUUCGAGGUGCUGUACUGCGCCGACAAGUACAAUCUGAAAGAGUUGACGAAAUUAGCGCUCCAUGUCGUUUUCCGUCGCCUGGACCAUGACACCUGCCUGGAUUAUUUGGAAAAUGCGCAGCGUUGUGGGAUGGAGAGUUGUGCGCGGGUGGUGCAAAAGUGUCUGAACUGGGUGGACUGCUUCACGGACGUCAUCCUGGCUGCGGAGCGUUUCUGCGCCGUCAGCCGGGACACACUGCUACGCAUUCUGCAGCGCGGCAGUUUGCGCGUGGAGGAGAACGCCGUCUACUUGGCCGCCGAGAAAUGGGCGAAAGCGGCGUGCCUGCGCGAUGAUGUGGAUGCGUCGCCGGAUAGUUGUCGCGCGCAGCUGGACGAGGCGCUCUUCCUCAUCCGCUUCCCCCUCAUGACCGAUGCGCAGCUGACGGACGGACCUGUCAAGAGCGGUUUGCUGCUGCCCAGUGAAAUCGUGGACCUGUACACGUACAGGCACGCCGCGCUGCGCCCGCCGCUGCCCUUCCCCACGGAGCCGCGCGCCGGCGGCGCCCAGCGGAAGCGAGCGGCGUCGACGAUGUCGGACAGCGCAUGGGCCGGAGCGCCGCCGACCCGGAUCCGCUGCGCCGUGGAGCCCCCGGCCGGCAGUCUGCGCCUCAUGCCGCCCGCGGCCGCGGCCCGCCAGGUGCGGGAGCGGGGGCGGGGGCGGGGGCGUGGGCGGCCGGCCGAACGCCAUCCCCCCUAACCGCAUCCGGCGUCGGACGCCUCUUUCCCUCUGCACGCGUGCCGCCGGCCGGUGUCAUGCGUCCCGGCACUGCACUGUUUUCGGAUGUUUCUUAGGUUUUCUUACAGCGUGACCACCGUCAGUCAGUUCGUAACACGUGCAUGUUGGUUGUGAAUGUGAAGCGAAUGUAUGUUGCUUGCGAAUGUAUUUUGCUUGUAUUGAUCGCGGUUAAGCACGUGUGCUGUGCAUGAGCGAACCACAUGCAUAUUCAUCGGCAUAUCGUGU